GGCGGGACUUCCGUUCAUCAGACGCCAAAUUUGAAAAUGGCGGCUCUCUGCAGUGAGUUUGGAGACUUGGUGCAAAUCAAAAAACAACUAAUAUCUGUGAUAUCGCUCUGCAAAGAGAGAGGACUUGUACACAGCGUGAAGUGGGCUUCGGAAUUGGCUUUUGCCUUGGACCCUCUUCCAAAGGAUGAAUUACCCCCAUCGCAUCUCGUUAGUGAGGAAGAUGUUCAAGACCUAGAUGCUUUCGCCCUGGCUAAGUCGUACUUCGACCUCAAGGAAUAUGACCGCGCUGCCUACUUUCUGCGCGGCUGUCACAGCAAGAAGGCCUACUUUCUCUACAUGUACUCACGUUAUCUGUCCGGGGAGAAGAAGAAAGACGACGAGACCGUGGACAGUCUGGGGCCCCUAGAGAAGGGCCAGGUGCGUAACGAGGCGCUCCGGGAGCUCCGUGUGGAGCUGAGCAAGAAGCAUAGAGCCGGAGAGCUGGACGGGUUCACCCUCUACCUAUAUGGUGUGGUGCUACGGAAGCUGGACCUGUUGAAGGAGGCGGUGGAGGUGUUUGUGGAGGCCACCCACACCCUGCCUCUCCACUGGGGAUCCUGGCUGGAGCUCUGCAACCUGGUCACCAACAUUGAGAUGCUCAAGUCCCUGUCUCUACCGAGCUGCUGGAUCAAGGACUUCUUCAUGGCCCACAUCUACACAGAGCUGCAGAUGAUACCUGGAGCCCUGCAGAAGUACCAGAGUCUCAUCGAGGCCGGCUUCUCCAAGAGCACCUACAUCAUCUCCCAGAUCGCUGUGGCGUACCACAACAUCAGAGACAUUGACCAGGCCCUGGCUCUGUUCAAUGAGCUGAGGGAACAGGAUCCGUACCGCAUCGAGAACAUGGACACCUUCUCCAACCUGCUCUACGUCAAGAGCAUGAAGCCGGAGCUCAGCUACCUGGCCCACAACCUGGUGGAGAUCGACAAGUACCGGGUGGAGACCUGCUGCGUCAUCGGUAACUACUACAGCUUGCGAUCCCAGCAUGAGAAGGCGGCGCUGUACUUCCAGCGGGCCCUGAAGCUGAACCCCCGCUGCCUGGGGGCCUGGACGCUCAUGGGCCACGAGUACAUGGAGAUGAAGAACACUUCUGCUGCCAUUCAGGCCUACAGACACGCCAUCGAGGUGAACAAGCGGGACUACCGCGCGUGGUACGGCCUGGGCCAGACCUACGAGAUCCUCAAGAUGCCCUUCUACUGUCUGUACUACUACCGCAAGGCCCACCAGCUACGGCCCAAUGACUCGCGUAUGUUGGUCGCCCUGGGAGAGUGCUACGAGAAGUUAUCGCAACAAGUAGAGGCCAAAAAGUGUUAUUGGAGGGCCUUCUCCGUGGGGGACGUGGAGAAGAUGGCGCUUCUCAAACUUGCUAAGCUCCAAGAACAGCUGACUGAGACUGACGAAGCGGCACAGUCCUACAUCAUCUACAUCCAAGAGAUCUUCUCCUGUGGGGAGCAGCUGGAGCACGUGGAGGUCAGCACGGCACUGCGUUACCUGGGCCAGUACUACUUCAAGAACAAGCUGUACGACGAGGCGUCCCUCUGCGCCCAGCGCUGCUGCGACUACAACGACGCGCGGGAGGAAGGGAAGGCUCUCCUCAGACAGAUCUCCCAGGUCCGGGACCAGACGGAGACGCCGUCUGGAGAACUGUUUGUCUCGCUCUCGGACAACAACACUCCCAUCAAGAGAGUGUCACCGCUUAACCUGUCCUCCUUCACGCCAUGACUCUCUCCUCCUCCUCGUUGGUUCCUCAGGCUCGUUCACCUCACUGAUUCCCCACGCGUUCAAAACACGUACUGUAAGGAAUAUAAAGAUCACCAACACAGUUCUACUCAAAUAUUACAUUUGAAUUUGAUCACAAAUUGGCAAUCAAUAAAUUAUUUAUCUGAUUUUGAGCCUUGUAAGUCAUAUCGUUUUAAAAAAACUGGAAAAUAUGAUUGUUUUAGCUAAAAUGAGUAUAGUUGCAAUUUCAUGGCCCUCUCACGGUAAGGUAUAACGAGUCUUCAUAUUUUGUAAAUUAAUGUAAAUAUGCAAAUAUUCCAUUGCAUGUUGUUUUUCAAGGAUCCUGGAUUGCGUGGGUACAGGAUUUACCAAGUGUGUGGUUUUGUUUUCAAAUGUGAAUAAAUACUUUCAGAGAA